AAGAGAUGUGAGUGACAGGUGUGAGAUGGCGCUUAGUGUCCUCUCUCAAAUUAGCUCCCACUUAACUAACCUACGAAGAGUAUCGCCCAAAGUGCAAAUAAUUAUAAACAAUGAACUAUUUUUAAGAAACCUUUGCAAAUAUAUACAACGUCCAGCUAUUGAGUAACUUGAAACAAAAGCGUGCGUGCGCCUUGUAUUGCAACACACAAAUUAUGCCAGUUUAACAGAAGAAGUUGAGUGGUUUGGUGUGGCACAAAGGAACUGGAACCAGCAGUUAAAAUGCAGCAGAUCCUCCUUUGGGUUCUGCCCUGUUUGGUUAAUGUACUGGCCUACAAGCCUGUGAUCCUCAUGCAUGGAAUCCUCACAGGAUUCCAUAGCAUGGAGUUGAUCAAAAAUCGCAUCCAGGAGAAACACCCGGGAACGUUGAUCUACAAUAUCGAAAAGUUUGGAGGCUGGUCCAGUUUGGAUAAUUUGAACUACCAAGUGGCGCAACUUAGUAGGGACUUGAAUAACUUCACUCAAAUCCAUCCUGGAGGAGUUAAUGUGUUAGGCUAUUCCCAAGGCGCUCUACUGGCCAGAACCGUCCUGCAAGCAAACCCCAAUCAUACCGUACACAAUUUCAUCUCACUAAGCGGCCCACAAGCUGGCCAAUAUGGAACCCAGUUUUUGCACCUGUAUUUCCCGGGGUUAGCUUUAGAAACAGCAUAUGAACUGUUUUAUUCUAGAGUGGGCCAGCACACAUCUGUAGGGAAUUACUGGAAUGAUCCCUAUCAUGAACAGUUGUAUCUGGAGUUCUCGCAGUUUUUGCCCUACGUGAACAAUGAGCUCAGUUGCAAUAGGAGUGAACAGUUCAAAGCUGCCAUCACCAAGUUGAAGAAUCUGGUGUUGAUUGGUGGGCCCGAUGAUAAUGUAAUCACCCCUUGGCAAUCUAGUCAAUUUGGUUACUACAAUUCCAAUGGAACAGUGGUAGACUUUCUGGAACGGGACAUUUACAAGGACGACAAAAUCGGACUUAAAACGCUCAACCAGAACAAAAAGCUGCACAUUAUUACCGUGCCGGGAGUGAAUCACUUCCAGUGGCACAUCAACAUGUCCAUAGUGGACAAUCACAUUUUACCAUACUUGGAUUAACGAUCCAAAUGGAAUGUGGAAGUAAUGGAGAGAAAGAAACAUGAACAAACAAUAAUUCAUAGUUUACAAAUAUAUAUGUUUUGAGAU